GACUCGCAUCUAUCGUUAGGGUUUCGCACGAGGAAGCUACCAGAGGUCCCAACUGUUCGUCACUUCGUCGUACGGUCGUACCCAUGGAGAGAGAGACCGAUCCGUGCGCCAUCUGCCUCGGCGAGAUCGCCGGCGGGCAGGCCAUCUUCACGGCGGAGUGCUCCCACACCUUCCACAACCGCUGCAUCGCCCGGAACGUCGCGCACGGCCGCCGCGUCUGCCCGCUCUGCAACGCGCGCUGGAGCGACGUGCCGGCGCUGUCCUCGUCGUCGGCCGCGGCGGUGGAGCCUGAUGACGACGACGAGCCUCCCCUGUACGCCGACGACGAUCCGGUGGAGCCGGCCGGCGAGCAGGCGGCGGCGACUGACGGCGAUGCCGCGGCUGGAUUGGUGGUCAAGGCGCACUGCGAGUACCCGGCCGUGGCGAGGGGCGCGUCCCGGGACAAGUUCGCCGUGCUCGUGCACGCCAAGGCGGCCGGGGCCGCGGCGGCGGCGGCGUCGCGCGCGCCGCUCGACCUCGUGACGGUGCUCGACGUGAGCGGGAGCAUGGCGGGGAGGAAGCUGGCGUUGGUGAAGAAGGCCAUGGGGUUCGUCAUCGACAACCUCGGCCCCGCCGACCGCCUCUGCGUCGUCUCCUUCUCGACUGAGGCGAGCCGCCGGACGCGGCUCCUCCGCAUGUCGGAGGUCGGGAAGGCCACGGCGAAGCGCGCCGUCGAGUCCCUCGUCGAUGACUCCGCCACGAACAUCGGCGACGGCCUCCGCGUGGCCGGCCGCGUUCUCGGCGACCGCCGGCACAAGAACGCCGUCUCGAGCGUCAUCCUCCUGUCCGACGGGAAGGACUCGUACGUCGUCCCGAGGCGCGGCAAUGGCAUGAGUUACAUGGACCUCGUGCCGCCUUCGUUCGCGUCUUCCGGCGGCCGCGGCCAGCUCGCGCCGAUCCACACGUUCGGCUUCGGCGCCGACCACGACGCGGCGGCGAUGAACACCAUCGCGGAGUCGACGGGCGGCACGUUCUCCUUCGUCGAGAACGAGGCGGCCAUCCAGGACUCGUUCGCGCAGUGCAUCGGAGGGCUCCUUUCCGUCGCCGUGCAGGACGCGCGCAUCGCCGUGGCGUGCUCGAGCCCGGGCGUGCUCGUCCGGGAGAUCAAGUCGGGGCGCUACGAGAGCCGCGUCGACGCGGACGGCCGCGCCGCGUCGGUCGAAGUCGGCGAGCUCUACGCCGACGAGGAGCGGCGCUUCCUCCUGUUCAUCAACGUGCCGAUCGCCGAAGCCACGGAGGACGCCACCCAGCUGAUCAAGCUCAGCUGCACGUACCGCGACACGGUGACCGGGCGAACCAUCGACGUCGCCGCCGGCGAGGACGCCGUCGUGAGGCGGCCCCUGGAAGUGUCCGCGGCGGACCAGGAGGUGUCCAUGGAGGUGGAACGGGAGCGCGUGCGCGUGGAGGCAACCGAGGACAUCGCGAUCGCGCGGGCGGCGGCCGAGCGCGGCGACCACGCCGAGGCGGCGCGGACGCUCCAGCUUCGCCGGGAGGCGGUGGAGGCGUCGGCGCCGGGGUUCGCCGGCGACGUGAUGUGCGACGAGCUGGCGGACGACCUGUGCGAGCUCGAGGAGGAGGUGGAGGACGCGCCGCGGUACGAGCGCGCCGGCCGCGCGCGCAUGCUCGCCGGCAUGAGCUCGCACGGACUGCAGCGCGCGUCGGGGACGACGUACAACUCCUCCAGAAGGAAGCAAUGCGCACGCAAGGAGAGGGCGAAGGAGAGGUUAUACGCGACGCCGGCAAUGGGGAUGAUGGUCUCCAAGUCGCGCGACGAGCCGCCGCCGGCAGCGCAGCGGCAGCAGAAGGGGCCAGGCCGCGGCGGCGACGAGCAGUCGGAGAAGAAGAAGAAGAAGAGUGGAGACUGAUGCGAAGUUGAAGCUGAAGCUGUGACACUUUGCUAUCAAAAUAUUAAUUAGUAGUAAGACUAGUAGUGUUAUUAGAGUGAUCGUUUUGUAUUAAUUAGGGGAUCUUAUUUAUGUUUGCUCCUUGAUCGUACGUGUUCUAUAGGGUUGAGAUGAGAUAA